ACUGUCUCCAAGAAAUUCGAGCAAUUCUUAGACGUCAGUUCUAACUUCUAAAGCAGCUGUCCAGGCAACUGGGAAAUACAGACGCCUUUCUUAGUGGCAUCUCCUCAAAUCAUUCUCGCUGGACUUCUGCGCUGCGAUUCUAUUGAAUCUCUUAGUGCCCCCAGGUUUCUAGACCGACAGCACGGAGGGGCUGUUCACCUGACAAGCACCGAAAUGAUGUUUCACUCCUCGGAGGACUACGCAGAAACGAUGUGGGCUGGCCACAGCUUUCAACUUUUUGCACACCACCCUUUCUCAGCCAGGCUUAUCCUGGCCAUUCUCUCCGUCGCGCUUAUUAUUUGGUGUCUGAAUAAGACACUGCUCCAACCGUAUCUUAUCUACUUGAACCUGAAACGACAAGGGGUGAAGGGCGCGCCCUUCCGCCCGUUCAUCGGCCAACUCCCUGAGAUAAGGGAACACAUGCGACGAAAGGAAAGCGACCCCCAAUACGCUGCGGUUCUUUUCGUCCAGUCGCGUGAGCAGAUCAAACAGUAUGGCGAUAUUCACAUCUCCCAAAUGGGCCCAAAUAUAGACCUGGUGUUAACGAGCCCGGACGCCAUCAAAGAAGUGCUGGUCACGAAAGCGGGGUGUUUUGAAAAGCCGGCUUAUGUUAAGAAUCUGCUGUCUUUGAUGGGGAACGGGCUCGUGUUUGCGGAGGGGCCGCUGUGGGAGCGGCAGAGGAGGAUGAUCAACCCCGCGUUCAAUCACAAGGAAAUCAAGGCCAUGAGCGAAAUCAUGAUCAAGUGCACCAAUGAGGCCGCCGAUCGUUGGUGUCAAACGAUUCAGGGGGGCACCCAGGAGCUAGAAAUGCUUCUGGAGUUUUCGAAAUUGACACUAGACGUCAUUGGGAGAGCCGCCUUUGGGUCCGAAGAUGUGGCAUCUGGGAAAGCUGCCGACGAACUGUAUGGUGGACUGAGCAAGCUGAUUGAAGACAAGGUUGCGGGGAUCAUGGAGGGCUGGUCUCUUAUUCCAGGAUACGAGCUGCUCCCUACCUCCGAAAACCGGAAAGCCAAGAGACGUGAGAAGGAGCUGCGGGCUCUCGGCAUGCGGCUGAUCAAGUCGCGGCGGGAGACACGUGGCAGGGCCGCCGAGAAGCCACGUGACCUCCUGGGAAUGAUGCUGGUGGGGCAGGACGAGCAGGGGGAGUCCGUCAUGAGCGAUGAGCAGCUGCUGGACGAGUGCAUGACGUUCCUUCUGGCCGGGCACGAGACGACGGCCGUCCUGCUGACGUGGACGGUCUACUUGCUGACGUCACACCCGGAAUACGUUGAGAAAGCGCGCGCAGAGAUAAAUGACGUUCUCGGAGGCAGGGCCGACAUCUCGUUCGAAGACCUGCCCCGACUCAAGCUGCUGCAAGGGAUCCUGUACGAGAGCCUGCGCCUCUACCCGCCGGUGCCGAUGAUGGGCCGGACAGUCGUUCGCGAUACAGAGAUCGCCGGGAUCAGGCUGCAGAAGGGGACGGAGGUGACGAUCGUAAGUUAUCCCAUGCACGUGAGGGAGGCCCUGUGGGGGAACGACGUGAUGGAGUUUCGACCGGAGAGGUUUGCCAACGGUAUCAGCGGCGCCGUGAAGCAGCCGGGCGCGUUCCUCCCUUUCUCCGCCGGUCCCCGGACGUGCAUCGGGCAGAACUUCGCCAUGACGGAGGCGAAGAUCGUGCUAGUCAAGCUCCUCCGUACCUUCUCCCUCAAGCUUGCCCCAGGCUAUCGCCACUUCCCGGUCAUGUACAUCACUAUGAAACCGAAACACGGGCUGCCCGUCGUACUCGAAUCGCUUUUUAAAUAAGCACAUCCUAGUUCCUUACGGGUAGCCGAUAAUUGGCAUGGGCUCUGGCAUCGCGGCCGGACUCAUUAGUCAUGGGUGCCCUCCAACGAGAUAGGGUCUGGUCAAUGGAAAAGAUCAUCAACAUUCCUCAGCAGGGCCUAGGACGCAGAUUCCGCACACUUGGAUCAGGUGCAGCCCACAGUUCGACCUCCAUGCACAUAAGAGCUAGUAGAUUAGUACCCAAUGUCAGAUUCCAUUCGAAGUCGGAGACUGCCAUUGGAUCAAUUGCAGGGACACAACAAAUCGUACAUGUUCGUAAGGUUGAACGAGGCAUCAUUGCCUUAGAGGAUAAUCAUCUACUAGAAAGUUCGCAUUUACGAUUGUGGAGUUGCGGGGUAUUCAUCCCCUAGCUGUCACUCUUACUUGACUAAAUGGUUUCAGAAACUCUGGAACCACUGGCACGAACAUGGUUCAAUUUUGCGACACCCGGCCGCGGCCAGUGAUCCCCG